CUCUCUCUUUCUCUGCAUACCAUACCAGACCAGACCAUACCAUACCUUCCGCACACUGCUGCUUGCUGCUACUCCAUCCGUAUCCUGCCUGGACUGAGGCUCUGCCGCAACACUCUCUUCUUGCGCCCAUGGCACCCAGCGCGCGCCUGGCCGGCUCGUCGCCCGCCCGUCUGCUGCUUGAUUGACUGAUUCAUCUGCUCUGCGCCGUCUCGUCGUAGCAUCAUGACCGUGCUGACUUGAUGGCCCGACUGACUAUUCCUGAAGCCUUUCGCUAACUCCCUCCACCACAACCAGCGGACAAAUCCAUAGGUUUUCGCUCCCAGUCUGCACGGACCCAACGCUAAACCUUUCCAGUCCCUCUUCCCAAGGCGCCUAUUCCACUCUCUGCCUCUCUUCCUCCCAUUCACACUUCCGCAACCUCCGCCCCCCGUCUCUUUCUGUGCGCGCGACGCCUCCUCCUCCUCCCGCUUUGUUGCCGGCUCGCCUCCACUCGCCUCUUCAUCCCUCCUCUCUCGCUCCUCUCCCUCUCUGUUCCUCCUCCCCCUUCAACACCUGCGCCGUGCUUCUACUUGCCUGAAAAUCCUCCCAAACCAUCUCCUGGUCGAUACCUUGCCUGGCCUCUUCGUUUUCUGACUUCCAGCUGUCCCGCUCCAUCUCGCUGCCCUUCGCUGCUCACCUCGAGACCCGCCACGAAAGCCUCUUCUCAGCGCCCUCGACGCUUCGAGUCCCACCCAACGCAGUCCACACGCAGUCUCAAUCGUCGCCAACGGCCGUUGCACGUCGUCUGGACAAGUCGUUCUCUGUUCGGCUCCGAGUAUCUGCGCGUUGGUCGUCAUGCGAUCCAAGGCACCGAGAACCUGAGCUACCCACCACUCCAUCAUCUACAAACACAUCGACCUAGCGCGACGGCCGGAGUAUGACAGACGUGUCGUCGGUCCAGGCGCACGCUGACAUUCAGCCGGCUUCUGUCGCCUUGUACCCUGGUCCUCCACCUCCCGCUUACCUCAACGGCUCCCCUGCCCUGGAUGGAACCGUCGAGGCCGAGGAAUCCUCGACAAUCAAGUGCAUCUGCGGAUUCUCCGACGAUGACGGCAACACCGUGCUGUGCGAAAAGUGCAACACCUGGCAGCAUAUCCUGUGCUACUAUGACCACUCUCCCGUGCCCGACGUGCACUUGUGCACAGAGUGCUCCCCUAGACCCAUUGACACCAAGAGCGCCGUCGAGAAGCAGCGACAGCACCGCGAGGUGCACGCUGUCAACGAGCGCAAAGGCAGGCCGAGGACAACCACCAAGAGCCACAAGAAAAGGGUAAAGGAUCCUCUAGUAUCUGUGCAACCCAAUGGUUGGGCUGUACAUUCCAACAACGAUCUGCAGUACCCUUCAGAACGCAAAAGUGGUAGCCCUCGAGAUCAGGGUCCUCCGACGAAGCGACCCAAGACUAGCCACCGCUCGUCUGGUUCCAUCGUCAGCCAGGCGCCAGCGCUCGCUCCAGCGUCACGGAAACGCACUGGGUCCGUCAUGUACAACGGUCACAGUCCCGUGAAAUCUCCCACAGAAGCCGAAGGUCCCAUAGAGGACUUCUCUGUCGAGUUUAUGAAUCUUUACCGCCAACCUGAGCCGCAGCCGACCAAGACCAACUCAUACACCGAUCUACGGGUGGCCAACGACAUCGCCUCGUGGCUCAACGAUCGAGAUGCUUUGGUCGAAGCCACAGGCGGUAUUAGCCCAGCUCACGUCUUCCAACGCAUCGAGCAAUCCAUAGAAGACAUGGAAGCCUCACAUGCUCCCCGCAUCAUCAAGCAGAUCGAGGAGGAUACCAAGUUCACUGCGCACAAUCUGCAUCCACAGUGGCAGUUCCUUGUAGCCGAUAGCGGGAUUGCCGAUGGCGGUUUCAUUGGCGAACUCAAGGGCCGCAUAGGCAGGAAGCAAGACUACUUUCUGGAUCCUGCCAAUCGCUGGGAACUAUUGCGCCACCCCGAGCCCUUCGUCUUUUUCCCCCCUCAUCUACCAAUAUACAUUGACACGAGACAAGAGGGCACCAUCCUACGCUAUGCGAGAAGGAGUUGCAACCCGAACAUGGUAAUGAAGAUACUCACCCAGGGAGCCGAGAGCGGCUAUCACUUCUGUUUCCUCGCCAUGCGAGACAUUGAACCCGGCGAGGAACUCACCAUAGGUUGGGACAUUGAUUCCGCCAUCCGACAGCAGUUGGAAAAGGCGGUUACCAAUGGCGACAUCAAGAAGGAGGGCUUCAAGAAGAUACAGCCUUGGGUGGCUUGCGUCCUGGCCAACUUUGGCGGGUGCGCUUGCGACACCGCGACCGGAUUCGAGUGCUUGUUGGAACGAGCUCGCCGCAAUGCAACAGCUAACGCCGAUUCGUUGCAACCCCUGAAAUCGACCAAAGGCAGAAAGACAAAAAAGGCCCAGGUAUCACCCAUGAGUACCGGGCGUGCCACCAACAGUCGUGCUGGUAGCGAAGCGUUCUUGCGCGAUGCUCCCGACGACGAUAACGCCGAAAGUCGAUCAACAUCGGGUUCUCACAAGUCAAGUAGUCGCGAUAUCACACCUGCAACCCAUUUAUCAGUGGACGACGGCACCACCAAGAUGUCGGAACGCGAAAGGCGGAAGCUGCAGCAACAGGAGCGCUUGUUCGAACAACUGGAAUACGACGAACAGCACAAGGGAAAACGGGGAAAGAGGAACAGCGCCGGGUCCAAUCUCAAUACACCUGGCCUCCCGUCUUCCAAACAGUUUGGAGCUGGGGAAUCCUCUUCACGUAAUCCCCGUGAGCACAGCAAUGGUGUUGCUCGCAAGACUUCUGGCAGUUCCACCAAAACGAAUGGGCGCGCCGCGCCGAAGCCCAAACCGCAAUACGUCGACAUAUCAACCCAGACAGUGGAAGACAAUACGAACGCUGUAUGCGUGACACCGCUGAAGAAUGGGUCAAUGGCCCCUCCACGCAUAUCUUAUAAGCGCAAGCUCCAUCAGCUGGCCCAUGACGAGAAAGUCCUGAGGGAGCGCACAAGAUCUGCUUCCGUCAAGGUCGAGGUCAAAUCGCCCCCCGCUAUCUCAGAUGUCGUUCCCAGCAAACAAUCUCCCAUUGCGUCGUCUGCUCCCCUAGAUGAACCUACCGCUAUGGACAUAUCGGUUGAAGCGCCUGCAGAGUCCAAUGUGGAGGAUCCUUCAUCUCCGAAAGAAGUCGAAGAAUCCGUUCCUGUUGAAACCGCAGAUGCCGGCAUCAAAGACGUAGAAAUGCAAGAUGCUGAAGAGACAACCGCACCGUCACCAACCUCAUCUACGGUAGAGGAAAUGCCCGAUGCACCAGAACCUGAACCGGAGCUAGAGCCUUCCUCCGAGGAUCCACACCCUCUCACACAGCUGCCGCCGUCUCCAUGGCCGAUCACUACGCCCGCGCCCCAGGCAGAAGAGAAGCCUGCUGCUGAGCCAGCCGACAAACCCCAAGACAAACCCGCCAGCAUGCGCUUGGAAAUGCCGGAAAAGUCGGAUACAGCAAACACUGAGCCUUCUCCCAAUGCACUCGUUACUCCUGGGUCUGUCUCAAGCGUACUGACUGGUAGCGCGAUUGCACAGUCACCUGUCAUCAGUUCUUCCAACCCUUCUCCGUUUUCCCCUGCGGUAACGAUUGCGGUAAACCCAGGCCCGGCUCGCAAAAAGCUAAGCUUGAGUGACUAUACAAGCAGGAGGGCAAAGCUGGCACAGCAAACAUCAACCUCCAGCACAACACCUCCUCCACUUUCUCAAUCAACAACUUCACCUACGAUGGAAAAGCUCACAUUGGCGAACGCCGUGUCCCCAUCGUCCGAGAAAGUCGAACAGGCUUUGCCGACAGUGACGGAGGAAUCGAAACCAGCGGACGCACCAGUUGAUGCGCCCUCGUCCAAUGCGACAAUCUCUACUUUCCCUUCGACUUCUGCUGCGUGA